AUGAGGGAACGAGAGGUCUCCAUGCAUGCAAUGUUGGCUCAUGUGUGGGGUCGGAACGUGAUCAUCCGCGCUUCCCCUCGCCACCCGCGCUUCCCCUCGCCACCCGCGCUUCCCCUCGCCACCCGCGCUUCCCCUCGCCACCCGCGCUUCCCCUCGCUACCCGCGCUUCCCCUCGCCACCCGCGCUUCCCCUCGCCACCCGCGCUUCCCCUCGCCACCCGCGCUUCCCCUUGCCACCCGCGCUUCCCCUUGCCACCUGCGCUCCCCUCGUCACCCGUGCCUACCCGCGUCACCCGCGCCUCCCCUCGUCGCUUGCGUUGCUCCUCAACGCCCUCGCCUCUCAUUGUCGCCUCCGCAGCAGCCACGCGCUCUCCUACCCGACUCUCCCCCUCUCCCUCUAUCCGUACCUCGACCGCUCACGCCCUAUCAUCAACUCUCCUUCUCCCCCUCUCCCCCCCCUCCCCCACUCUCCAUCUCUCCCGUCCACUUGAACCUCCCCCCCAGCUACGCCGUGCACGAGCUCGGGCUGACAUCAUCCAAGCCGACCUGCAAGUCAGCUAGACUCGUGGGACAGGUUUCGUCGUGCAUGGAUGAGUCGUUUCCCAGAGUCUCAGAGGUACCUGUCACGUGGAGUGGAGCAUCCUUGCGCAUGCUCAGCUCGCUACCCUUUCCCACUGUCCCUCCCUGCCCACUGUCCCUCCCUGCCCACUGUCCCUCCCUGCCCACUGUCCCUCCCUGCCCACUGUCCUCGCUGCACUGGAACUGCCAAAAUACUCAUUCGCCAGGUGGUAGUGAUAUGGCCGGCGGGACUCGGCGAGCUGUAGCGAAGGACGUGAUUGUCUUAGAUGACAACGAUGACGAUAAUGAUAACGAGGAUGACAAUAACGAGGAUGGCAUUGACGAGGUUGAGACUGACGUGGUGGAAUGGCGCGGUGGCGUGGAGGACACGCGACCGACGAGGGCGAGGGGAGCGGAGAAGCCGUCGGGGAAUGACAGAGCGGCGAGACGAGUGCCAGGUCGGCUGGCUAAGGGCAAGGGAAAGGUGGAGGAGGAGGUAGAGGAGGUAGAGGAGGAGGAUGAGUGCGUGGAACUUCCGCCCCCGUCGGGGUUUCAAGCGCAGCGCAUCCGGGCGAUGGUGCAAGGCCGCGGGUGCCAACCCAUGGGCCGGCCGGCAGAUUACAUCCCUUCCUUCCGCGCUGCCGCCCUCCUUCCUCCUCACAACAAAGCACCUCCUCCUCAUCAUGCCACCGCCAGCACCAGCAACAGCCAGCAACGUGCUGGUGGUUGUGGUGGUGGUGGUGGUGGUGGUGGUGGUGGUGGUGGUGGUGGUGGUGGUGGUGGUGGUGGUGGUGGUGGUGGUGGUGGUGGUGGUGGUGGUGGUGGUGGUGGUGGUGGUGGUAGAGAUGGUCCGGCCUCUUCCUUUCUCACCAGCCAAAGGGAGGCACGAAAGCUCAGGCUCGUUGAUCCUGACCCUGACACGCUGCAGUGCGAUCUGAGCCGUCGGUCGGCCGGAGCUGCGCGCGACCAUGCAGAUGGCAGCGAAAGGGGGUUGGAUGCACUGUGGCAGGGCAUAGUGAGCGAUGCAACCCUGCGCACACGCGGGGAUGCACGUGCACCUGCUGCUGGGCGGACUCGUGGUGCUCAUGCAGAGGGUGCUGGAAGUCGAAUGGCUGCUGCUGCUGCUGCUGCUGCUGCUGAGAAAAUACCCGUGUGCAGAGCCCCUGGCAUUGCUGAUACAAGUGAACGCCCACGUGUGUGUGACUUGCCGGGUGAGGCUCUAUUGGAGAGAGGUUCGUUGAGGGAUGCCAGUGGUGGGGAUAUGGUGGCAGGUGCGCCAGCUGGAGGGCAGAGGCAACGGCAGGGAAUUGGUGGUGCUGGAAGUGGAAGUGAAGGGAACGAUGAAGGCUGUGAAGGAAGGGGCCAAAGAGAGGUGGGCAGGAGAGGGGGUGCUGUGCGAGGGGGUUCAAGUGGGGUGAGAGCUGGUGGUGGUGUGAGAGGGGCCGGGGAAAGACGGGAUGGGGAAAGAGAGGGUAGUGUGAAGGACUCUUUCACCAGGAGCGGGGAGGAGAGCGGGGUGCAAGUGGCGAGCAGGCGUGGUGUGAGUGGGCGAGUGCAGAGCGGCGGGCUGUUGGAGAUGUUUGGCGUGGCGGAGGUGGUGCCUUCCUCCAGUGCUGAGGCGUCUGAGGAUGGGAGUAGCGAGGAGGAUGGAGAGGAGGAUGUGGUGGAGGUGGAGGAGGUGAGGGAGGAGGGGGAGGAGGGGGAGGAGGGGGAGGAAGAGAAAGGAGAGGAAGCGGAGCAAGAGGAAGAGGAGGAGGAAGUGGAGGAGGGAGAGGAACGGGAGGAGGUCAAAGGGGGUGUGAGGAAUGGAAAGAGAAGAGAUGGAAGGAAAGGGGGCGAUAGAGAGGAGAGUGGGCGCGGGAGUGGCAUGGUAAGGGAGGUGAAGGGCGGAUGCAGGAAGAGGGAGCAGGCGGUGCAGGACGCACAGAGGGAAUGGGGGAACUGGGGAGAGAUGCGACAACAGCAGCCGCAGCCGCAGCCCCAGCAGCGCAAGCAGCAGCAGCAGCCCCAGCGCACUGCGUUCGUGCAAGCAUGGGCUGCCCUGAGCCGCACAGCAGCACCUGCUGCCAUCGAUCAGAGUGUGCAGGAGUUCCGAGCAAGGAAACAGCAACCCACCGCCCUCCCUACUGCGCCCUCUGCAUCCCUCUCCACCCCUGUGUCAUCUCCUGUGCCGCUUGUGCCUCCCGUGCCUCUCGCAUCUCCCCCGCCUCCUGCUCCUCCUGCUCCUCCCGUUCCUCUUGCCUCUCCCACUGCUUCUGCUCCUCCUCCUGCUCCUUCUGCUGCUGCUCCUGCUCCUUCUCCUGCAGCUUCUCCAGUUGCUCCUCCCGUUGCUCCUGCUGCUGGUACCCGUGCUGCUCCUCCUCCUCCUCGCCCUCCGGCUGUCGCCCCACGGGCUGCCACCCCUCCUCCGCCACCUCCACCAGUGCAGAACCGCAGGAGGGCAGCGGCGCUGCUGGCAGCAGCACAGAGGAAGUGGCUGGCGGAGUGCCGGGCGCAGUUUGAGGCGUUUGUGUUCCCGGCGACGGGCACGGACAGCGUGACGGUGCGGUGGGAAGAUGUGGAGCGAUUGAAGCCAGAGGAGUUUCUCAACGACACCCUCAUUGACUUCUUCCUCAAGGCGCAUCGCCUGCUCGCUUUCUGGGCCCGACCACCAGGCACUUCCCCACCAUCGCCACCAGCAGCAGCAGCUGAUUUCUACCCCUCUCCCUUACAUUCCCUCGCUGCCUACCACAGGCAUCUGAAGGUGCAGGCCAUGGAGCAGCGCCGCAUCGCCUGCUCCCUUGCUGCACCCGACCAGGCGCUGCCUGCACCACUGCCGCCAGCAGCAGCAGCGGCAGCAGGUGAGGGGAGCAGCAGUGGUGCAGGCGAGGGCGAGGAUGGAAGCAAGGCGGCAGCAGUGGCAGCAGGAGACAUGGCCGCUGCUGGGACCAACGCAGUUGGUGAGGCGGCAGGAGGUUGCAAGCAGGCAGGUGGGGCGGGGCAUGCGCCCCCCUCGGUGCAUUUCUUCAACAGCUUUUUCUUCAAGAUGCUCAUCGGCGGGGAGAAGGACGACCCCUUUCUUCCUCCCACGCAUGCCCGUGCCGCUGCCGCCACCCGAGCUGCUGCUGAUGCUGCUGCUGCUGCAGCGGCGGAGGCAGCAAGGGGGGGGAGUGGGGGGGAGGAGGGGAAGGCGGCGCACUGGCGCGUGCGCAAGUGGACCAAGGGAGUCAACCUCUUCGCCUGUGAUUUCGUGCUCAUCCCUGUCAACCUCAGUGGACCAACCAAGGGCGUCAACCUCUUCGCCUGUGACUUCCUGCUCAUCCCUGUCAACCUCAGGUGGGUCUCCUGUGGGCCUCGGAGCCCCCCACACUCACCCCAACAUCUCCCUGCCUCUCCUCACCGUUCCCAACCGCCUCAACCCAUCCCAUCACACAAUGCUCCAGACCGCCCUCUCCCAUCCGGCAUCUCCCAAUCACCUCUCGCCCCUUCCAGCCCCCACCCAUCCCAUGCUAGCCUCGAUCCUGUCACUUCGACCAGCCCCUACCCUCCGCUCAGCAGCCCCUUCCCUCCUCCUCCCCACGCCCCAGUAUCGCCCAAACCUCCUCUUUCUCCGCAGCCCGCCCCUGUCGCCGCCGCUCCCUCAUCCCCCACCCACGGGCCUUUCCCAUCCCCGCCCCGCAACGUACCUCCCACGCCCUCCUCACACCCCUCUGCUGCACCCCCCGUGCACGAGCCUGCUGCUGCCACCCCCCCGGCCCACGAGGCAGCGCCGUGCAUUCUGCACUUUGACUCGCUGCCCGGGCUGCACCUGGAUGUGGAGGAGGCUGUUCGCACGUACCUCCAGGAGGAGUACCUCGUGCGCCACAAGGUGCCCCUCACGCCAGCGCUGAGAAAGGCCUUCAUCCGCCUGCCUGUGUUUCGCCCCAAGGUCCCCCAGCAGCCGAAUCUGAGUGACUGCGGGGUUUUCCUGUUGCUCUACGCACAGGAGCUGCUCUCCCACAUGCCGCUCACAGUCUGUCGCGCGCCUGCCUGCGACCAGUGCAAGCAAGUGCUGUCCUUCCCUUGGCUGACGCCCGACUCAGCCAAGCCCAUGCGGGCCGCCAUCCGCCGCACGGUGCUGCUGCGAGCCGGGCUGGGGGAGCUGGUGGGGCGCGAACCACAACGAGAGGAGGCCGUGGUGGGGCGGGAGAAGGAGGGGGUGAGGGAGGAGGGGAGGGAGAUGCAUAGGGAUGGAAGGGAGGAGGAGAAGGAGGAGGGGGAGAGGGAAGGAAGGGAAAAUGAGGGGAGGGGGCGUGGGGCGGGGCGAGUGGGAGGGAUGGUAGGGCUGUUGUCGAGGGAGAUUAGCGGUUUGGAGGGAGAAGGGGGGAGAGGGGAGGGCCCGGAUGGGAGUGUGGCAGGACGGGAAGAGGGGCAGAAAAAGGGAACACACGAUAAGGGCCAGGAGCAGCAGCAGGAGCAGAAUAGGCGUGUGACUCGAAGUCGCAGCUUGCAUGCAAUCAUGUCGAGCCAGGAAGGAAACCCGUCGGUCAUUGCGGUGCCUGACAACGGAGGCCCUCUGAAGCAGAGCAGGGUUGGUGGGAAGCGAGAGAGGCUCCUGCAAACGGUGUUAGAGGAGGGCGGGAAGGAGGAGGAUAGGGAGGAGGGGGAUGUGGUGGAGGUGACAGCGGCGGUGGGGAAGAGGGGCCGGGUGGGACCGGCGGGGAAUUGCGGGAAGGGGUGGGCGGAUGGAGGUGGGGAAGAAGAGAGGGAAGGGCGUAGAGGACAGGUUUCUCGGAGCUGGUUGUCGGACUUGCUGGAUGAGGUUGAUAUGGAGGAGGCGAUGGCGGAGGCGCGAGGAGGGGAGGGAGGGGAGGAUGAGAAAGGAGGGAAGGGAGGGGAGGAGGAGAAAGGAGGGAAGGGAGAGGAGGAGGAGAAAGGAGGGAAGGGAGAGGAGGAGGAGAAAGGAGGGAAGGGAGUGGAGGAGGAGAAAGGAGGGAAGGGAGAGGAGGAGGAGAAAGGAGGGAAGGGAGAGGAGGAGGAGAAAGGAGGGAAGGGAGAGGAGGAGGAGAAAGGAGGGAAGGGGGUGGAGGGGAUGGAGGUCGAGGGAGAAGAGAAGAAAGAUGAGGGGAUGCAGGAGAGGCGAAAGAGGAAGGCGAGGCGGGAAACUGAAAAGGAUGUGUGGAGGAGAAAAGAGGCUGCAGUAAAAGUGGGGUGUUUGAGGAGUGAGGGGGACGCUGGGAGGAGAGACAAGGGAGUGGGGGGAGAUGGAGGGAGGAAGGUGGAGGAGGCUCGAAUGGAAGAGGACAAGAGGGAGGAGGUGGGAAUGGUAGAGGAAAGAGGAGGUAAGGAACUGGGGAGAAACGUAAGAGAAGUAUGUGGAGAGGGGGAGGAAGUGAAGGAGGAGGGGCGUAUGGAACAGGUGGGGUUGAGGGAUGGCGAGCAGGAGCAGGUGCCAGGGGGACAUGGCGGAGAGGAGGAGAUGGGGGAUGAGGGAGGACAGCAAGUGACAGGUGAGGCGCAGGGAGAAAGCGGCAGAUGUAAGGUGUCAGGUGGGGUUCGAGUUGAUGCAGGGCAUGAGGUGGCACAUUAUGUGGUGAUGAGUGACUCACCCGAUGAUGAUGACGCUGCUGCUGCUCUUCCUGCUGUCCCUCCUCCCCCUCCUCCUCCUCCUGCUGCCACUGCUUCGGCUGCCACUGCUGCGGCUGCUGCUGACGAUGGCAAUGAUGGUAAUGGCGCUGCUGCUAGCAAGGCUUGUGGUGGCACCGGUGGUAUCGCUUACACGCGGCGUGGUGGGCUGGGGGACGGACACGCUGCUGUACCAAGGAAGCCUGAUGAGAAUGGGAAGGCAUGUGGUGGUGGUGGUGUGGCUGCUACUGCUGCGGCUGCUAGUGACGAUGGCAAUGAUGGUAGUGGUGCUGCUGCUAGCAAGGCGUGUGGUGGCACCGGUGGUAUCGCUUACACGCGGCGUGGUGGGCUGGGGGACGAACAUGCUGCUGCCAGCAACGGUCGUGUUGCUGUAGCAAGAAAGCAUGGUCGGGGUGGCAAGGCAUGUGGCGGUGGUGUGCCUGCCACGAGUGCUGCUGAGGGCUCUCAGGUUCCUGCUACAGCUGCAGCUGGGACGAGAGAAGGGAUGAGAGAACGGACAAUAGAACAGAGGAGAGAAGGGACGAGAGAAGGGAGGAAAGAAGGGAGGGGAGAAGGAACGGGAGAAGAGAUGAGAGAAGAGAUGAGAGACGGGACGAGAGAAGGGAUAAGAGGUAGGAGGAGAGAGGGAAAACGGUUGAAGAUUGAUCAGGUGGCAGAUCAAGCAGGAAGGGAGGAAGAGGAACCAGAGGGAAAGAAGCAAAGGGAACAGGAGGGAGAAAGGAGAGAAGAGGAGGAGGGUAUGGCAGGUGCAGCUUGCGGCACUGACCCACCGCUGGCACAGGGGGAUGCAGCUGAUAAGGCCGACGGGGUGGAGGGGGGAGAGGGAGGGGAAGAGGGUGAUGGGGAAAGUGAGGGCGGGCACGGGGGUGGAGGGGUGUGUGGGAGCAGUGAGGGCGGUAAGUGGGCUGAUGCUGCUGUGGUUUGCAUCAGUGACUCUCCUGAGGAGCAGGCGGAGGAGGAGGAGGAGGAGGGGCCGGAGCAGGAGGAGCAGGAGGAGGAGGGAAAGGAAGACAAAAAGGAGGAGCAGGAGGAGGAGGGAAAGGAAGACAAAAAGGAGGAGCAGGAGGAAGAGGGGGAUGGGAAGGAGGAGGGGAAGGAGGAGCAACAGGAGGAAGAGGAGGAGAGGAAGGAGGAGGGGAAAGGGGAGGGGAAGGGGGGUGGUGGUAGGGAGUGGCAGGGUGCGAGGGACAUGUGGGGCGAUCUGGACUUGCGCAGCGGCUUGGACUCCGCCACUGGGCUGCUUUCCUCACUGCAGAAGGGGAAAGCGGGUGAUUAUUGUUGCAGUGCACCCAGCCACACACCCAACCACACACCCAAUCACACCCAGACUGGAACACGGUGCAUGGCAGAAGUGCAGAGGAGCGCGCAGAAGGGGGUAGAGGGGCCGAAGGAGGAGAUAGGAGGUAGAGGGAGGCACCAAGGGCCACCUGAAGCACCUGAAGCACCCGAGGCACCUGAAGCCACCGAGGAACCUGAGGAAUCUGAGGCAGCAGGUGGACCUAGGGGAGCAAGGAUUGAGAGGAAAGAGGGGCACGAGGAGGAGGAUGGCCGCAGGGAGGUAAGGCGGAAAAGAGGAAGGAUUGAGGUUCCGAGGGGAGUGGGGCUGGCAGGAGGACGAGCAAGGAGGCGGGCAAGGGGGGGGGCAGGGAUGCAGGCAGGGGGGCAGGGUAGAGUGCAGAAAGGCGUUGAAGAUGUGGAAAGUGGCGGGGUGAUGCUGCGUGAGAGGGAGAGAGGAGGGGGUGGUGGGAAGGAGGACGAUGAGGAUUGUGCUAUCAUUGGCUGCAAGGGGAUGAGGGGCGAUGGAGUGAGUGAGGGGACAGGUGCGGAGAAUUUCGGUGGAGACGGGGAGGAGGAUGAGAUGGAAGUGGAGGAAGUUGAAGAGGAUGCGAUUGUUGAGGUGCGAUCAAGGAAAGCAGGUGGAGGAAAGGAGGUUGAGAUGGGAUUAAGGGAAGUGGGACAGGAGGUGGAGAGAGGAAAGGGGAAUAGGGAGGUUUGGAAGGGGGGCGAGAGGGAGAGGGAGGUUGUGGGGGAGAUAGUGAAGGGGGUGGGUGCAGCAGAGAAGAAGCGAGCACCGUCUUCCCUGGGAGGGCAACUUGAGGCAGAAGCGGGUUGCAUGGGGGCAGGAGAGAGGGGAAGUGAUGUGGGUGCGGGGGAUGGGGACAGUGGAGCAAGUGUGGGGGAGGAAUCGGAAGAAGAGGAAGGUGAAGUGAGAGAGUGUGAGGAAGAGGAGGAGGUUGAAGAGGUGGGGGCGGAAGAAGAGGGGGGAGGGGAAAGUGCCCAAGAGGAGGAGGACGAAGCAGAGGAUGAUGAGGAGAAGGGGGAACGGUACGAAGGGAGGGAAGAGGAGGACAAGGAGAAGGAAGAGGAGGGAGAGGAGGAAGAGGAGAGAAGGGAAAUUGCCCAAGAGGAGGAGGAAGAAGUUGGUUUUGAGACGUUCCAAUACCAAGUGGUUGACACGUCAGAGGAAGAGGGGGGAGGGGAAAGUGGCCAAGAGGAGGAGGAAGAAGUUGGUUUUGAGCCGUUCCAAUACCAAGUGGUUGUCACGUCAGAGGAAGAGGGGGGGCGGGAGAGUGCCCAAGAGGAGGAAGAAGCAGAGGACGAUGAGGAAAGGAGGGGACGGGACGAGGGGAGGGAAGAGGAGAGCGAGGAGGAGAAGGGAGAGGAGGGAGAGGAGGGAGUGGAGGGAGAGAAGGGCAAGAAGGAAGAGAAGGGAGAGAAGAGAGAGAAGAGAGGGAAGGGAGUGAAGGGAAGAGGGAGAAGAGGGUUGCUGGGCGGUGGCAAGGAGAGCAAGUGUGUGGUUCAGAGUGUGGCUGACGAUGGACAGGCGAAGCACAGGGGAGCGUCACACAGGCAGGUGAGGGCGGUGGAGCGGCGGAAAUGCGAGCAUGUUGGUGGGGCUCGCAUGCAGGCAGGUGUACGUGGGGCAAGGCAGGCCGUCAGUAGCAGUGACGAAAGCGAUGGGAGCGCGGGGCGUGGGGAGCGUGAGGAGAGUGAGGGGAGUGAGGAGGGAGUGAAGGAGCAAGAGAGCAGAGGAGAGCACGGCAGCAGCAGCUGCUCUGACUCCGAAUCUUCGAGGGAUGAACGGAGAGUGCGGGCGGACAGGAGGUGUAGGGUGGUGGAAGGGAGGGAGGUAGUGGGUAGGAGUGGUAGGGAAGAAGGGAGGCAUAUGGCCAGUCCAAGGGAGAGAUGGAGACGGGAGAAGAGGGGCCAAGGCGUGGCAGCAGGAGGCAUUGCCAGGCGGAGGAAGGCGCAGCGAUUACAAGAGCAGCGGUUGAGGGAGAGGGAGCUUGGAGAAAGGCAGGGAAAGGGAAAGCGUGUGCACUCACAAGGAGGGCCGCAGCAGCUUUCGUCGCCUCUUCAUUUCCACUCGCCUUCGCUUGUAGCCUUGGGCAUGCAGUCGCUCUCCCUUCAAUCACCUGCGCCUGCGCUUGUGUCACACCCUGUAAAGUCACACCCUGUACAGUCACAUAUACCCACUGAUCAUCCCUCUCACCCCCCUCACCCCUUGCACCCUCCUCACCCCUCUCACUCUUCUCACCCCUCGCACUGUCCUCACCCCACUGCUGCUACAUCGGAGCCGCGGCGCUCGUCACGGGUGAGCAAGAGGGACGAGGAGAAGCAGCAGCGGCUGGCAGAGAGGCGGCGAGAAAUGGGCGAGGAUGUGAGGAAGCGACUGGACGACCUGCUGGAGCGAGAGAGUGACAGAGAGAGUGAGUGA